AUGUGGAGUUUUGCCAAGCCAAUGGUCCUUUGUGAGGAACUCUUCAACGCAGUGGCGUCGAGGGUCAUUCCAGAGGUCCAAAGCUUGGACCGCUGUGCUUUGGCCAUGUUCGCUUGGAACUACGCCUACAUCAAUCACGAUGUGCCCGAGGUCUACCAGGCUUCGGCCAAGGAGGCCCUACGGCCCGCACGCCUGGAGGAACUGACGCCGCGGGACUUGGCGAACUUGAUGCGGGCCUUCGCGAAGGCGGGUGUGCGAGAGGUGGAACUGAUGCAGGCCCUCUCGGAGCACGGCUGCGGGCUCCUGAGGGAUGGCAUCGAUCAGAAGUGUUACCGGCGGCCCAUGAAGUCCUUGGCGCGCGAGAUCUACGAGGAAGACUUCAGUGCGGUGGAUGGGAUGGUGGAUGCCUUUGACAUGGUUUCCUUGGCCGAAAUGUUGAGCUCCUUUGCAGAUCAACAAUAUGUCCACCAUGACUUCCUCUCGCUGGCCGACGAAUACAUGAUGGAGGGCCUGCGUCAGCCGAAGAGAGACGUGGAGACCUUUCUUCGCUUCCCACAGGUCUUUGCCCGGGCGCUGGUCUCGCGUGCAAGAGCCUACGUGGAUGUCAGCGGUCGGGAGCUCUUUCAGCAAGCGAUGCCACAUGUGGUGAGAUCUCUCAAGGAGUUGAAGGCACCUGACGUCUUGAGCCUUGUGGUGGCUUGGGCCAUGCUGGGCCCCAGGGAUCCUGACAUUUUGGCUGCCUUCGAGUCCAGACUUUGGGAGCUGGAUGGCCGUUGGCCCAUCGACGAAGCGGUGCGGGGCGUCGGGCUUCGUUGUUCUCGGCGUCGUUUUGACGGCGUGGUCAGGGGUGUGGCGGUUGGGAGGCGCACCUUCUCCCACACCGCCAUGGCACGACCGGCAUCUUUGCUGGUCCUCCUGCUCUCAGCUCACCUCACGUUCGUGGCUUUGCGACGACGACCCGCUCAGCUGCGAAGCUGGCGGAAGGCCACUGAGGACCCCUGGCGCGAGGCCUAUGACGCCGAGCUGCGACGGAACGAGCUGCUGCUGGAGAAGCUGUCCGAUUGCAACCGACAGAUCGAAGAGGUGCUGCGGCUGCAGUCCCGCAAUGCAGACGAGUCCGCCCAGGCCCAUAUCUCAGGAUGGUCCUGGAGUAUGGGAGGAUUGGGGGGAGUGUGGAUAUUGUGGAUGAAACCUGCAAUGGGGAUGAAGAAUGCUGCCUUCUUCACCUUCCAGGGCCGUUUGCCACUAGGACUUCAGCUCAGGAAGCAGAACGAGGGACGCUUGAAGGGAGCUUUCUUGGUGGAAGACAUCUUCCCUGGCCCUGCUGCAGAACACGUCUGGCGGGGCGAUAUCCUGCAUGCCCUUACGGUGGUGAUGGACAGGGCCAACCUGGGCAUCAAAACUGAGGACUUCGUCUCCAGCGUAGUGGGUGGCCUUGGUCGCUGGAGACAGACGAUCGUGGAUGCCUCCUUCAUUAACACUGUGGAGGACAUGGUGGAUCAGUUGAACUCCAAUACAAUGCUGGGAUCCGACACGGAGAUUCUCUUGAUUUUUGAACGCGACAUCAGCUCCUCACCUGAGCCAGAUGAGAUCCUAGAGCCCGCGCCAAAGUAGCGAGAUGCGGACUUGGCCGAUCGAUUGGAAGACAGGGGCGGAGUUCGUGCGGGAUUGGACCGAGGGACAUGGAGGUCCCAUGGACAUCAAGACACUGUUUAGUGGAGGUUUGCUUCGAAUAUUUAGAAAGAAGGACUGGAGAAGAGCGGAGUCCGGGGGACAUCCAUUUGGACUACGCGUUUUGACAUCCAUUGGUUGACUUUUUUUUCCAGAUCUUUCCAAGUUGAAAGGACGCGACUCUGACGCGACCCUUUGAAAUGAGUCUCUCCAGUUUUCCGCUCUUUGCUUUGGCUCCCCGGUCGAACGGUGUACGACUCGACUGAUCAACUCAUCCGUGAGCUCCUCCGGUCGACGGGCUUACACCGCCAGGAGGUGUCAGCAGCGCAGUGGGCGUUCAAAGAGUUGGACCUCAACAGGC